AUGGAAAUGCUCCUGAAUACCUAUUCAACUAGUACUGAUGUGGAGCAGCUGAGCCUGUCCACUGCCCAAUACGACUCAGGCUCAGACUUAAACACAGUUGCUCAUGACCCUGAGAAUCCCCAUUGGUCACAGUUCAGCUGUACCUCACCUCCACAACCUCUGGCCACAGAGACCUCGAAAACCGAGACUGUACUCAAUGAGGCCCAGGCCGUAAUCGACUGUGGAACCGAUUCAUCCGACCUGAAACACGUCUACCACGAAAAGUCCCACUUUAGGGACAGCCAGACUUCACCAGUGGCAAAUGCACAAAAGGCAUAUGCCUCCAUUAGCCAAAAACAGGUUGAAGCUUGGAUCGGCUUGGCCGAAAAUGAAACUGGCGGAGGGAGAAUAGCAUAUUCACAAGCCAGCCAAGUUGGAAAUCCGAGGUAA